CAUUCAGUGGCGCCGAGUCAUAUAAAUUUAAGUGAAGCAAAAUCAAAAUAUUUACACACUCACCCACCACUAAGGAAAUUAUCUACCUCUAAUAAGUAAUAAAUAUAACUUACAUUAUAUUAUAUGGAAGCGACGUAUUGAGGCCAUGGCGGAGAAGCAGAGGUUGGCGUUUGGCAGAAUGGUGGUGGCGAUUCUCUGGUGGAAGGAGGAUGCGGAGCGGUCCAGACAGGCGCGAUUAAUAUAUGGUGGUUGAGUUUGUGGGCUGAAGGCCAAAUACCUAGGGUGGUUAGAGACCCCCACGUAUGUAUAUAUAUAACAAAAUUACUGUAAUUAAUUUUGAUCACAUUUCACAUUUUUCAUGGAUCAACAAGAAGAAAAAAUUCAAACAUGUAAUGGUGCAGCUUCUAAUCACUUGUUGAGUAAUGUACACGUGUCUUAUGGUCAUUCUUCUCAGAAGAAUCAAAAACCAGUAAUUAUUGACAAACGCGCGAUUAAACAUUAUGGCCGCAGGAUGAAAUUAAAUUGCAGGCAUGGGUAUAAUAUUUUAAUUCUUCAAAAUGGAACAGUAUCCAGUUCCGAUGAUGACAUCGAUAGUCAUUGUAUAAUGGAAUUCACAUCAAUAUCUCCUGGUCAUGUUCGUAUUAAAGGAGUUGAAGCAAAUUUGUUUUUAGCUAUGAAUAAAGAUGGACUUCUUUACGGAGAGGCUGAUCCUAACAACAAUUCAACUAUUUUCAUUGAACAACCCGAAGGUCCUUACAGUGCAUACCUAUCUUUGAAAUAUCAACGAAAAAAAUGGUAUGUAGCUAUAAAAAAAAAUGGUAAAAUUAAAUUAGGCCCGACCACUAAAAGAGGACAACAUGCUACACAUUUUUUAACAAUUAUUGUAUAAUAUGAUAUUACAUUCUUUGUUUUUAAAUACAAUUGUAUUGUUUAAUAG